UAUCGCUGCAACUUGAGUUCCUUGGCAUGCAUUAACAAGAAAAAAGAAUUUGCUUCCUAACGAAAGACCGUGACCUGUUGUGUAAGCCUCUUGCCUCUUGUGAUCAACAUGCUUAAACACGCCUUAGCGUGUAUACAAUAGGUUUUGGGUAGUAGAUCAUGGUAUCACGAUAACUUCGGCAAUAAAAGCUUUGCAAUGGGCGGACAUCUGUGCGGACGCGCCAGGAUAAUACUGGCUUUCUUCUACAGCAGCGCCGCAAUUGUAUUGUCGGAGGCACCCUUACCUCACGUCAACGACUGCUUCCUGUGCAUGAAAUGCCACACCGGAAAGCCAGCUGGCCGGCAGCUCCUGCAAGCGCAUCUCGACUUAGACGGCAGCUCCCCAUCAGCCUCCCUAGCAGCGGCAACAGCCGCGUCCGAUGCACGGCUGGGUGCAUUACCAACGGACCUCGCCAACCAAGCCCUGGGCGGUGACCCAGCGCUCGGCGAGCAGCUGGCAGGCAGCAACUCAGGCGAGCACACCCGAACGCUAACCAGCGCCCACAACCUACGGGAGGAAAUGUACACGCCGCCGGAUUUUAAGUUCCAAAUCGCGCCGGGCGCAGAAGAGUUGGCAGCCAAGUCACGAAAGCCCAACUGUACGGAGUGCUACGGCUGUGACACGCAGAUCGAGCCGUUGCAGCCGGUUGUGACCCAGAUGAUGGGUCAAAACGUGCGGGUGGAGGUGGGCGCUUCACCGGAGUGGCUCUUCUUCGCAGACCUUCCGGACACCCCCCAGACGGGUAAGAAGGCGGUGCUCAAGGUGUGGUGCAUGCCGCUUCACAAGGUGCACCACACCUUCUCCUGGCGCUGCGGCAACACGGCGGAGGGCGCCAAGGCGGUGCAGUUCCUGAUGGCGCAGCAGAAGGUGAUGCAGGAGUGCGGGCUGCUGGAUGUGACGAUCAAGGUAUGGCCCGGCCGCGUGAAUGCGGUGGUGCCCGGCCACGGUCUUCACGUAUGGUGGGACGGGCUAUGGAUGGAGCGCGCCGAGGGCUUCUCCCUCAACCACCUGUCGUACAAAGCCAACCGGCAGUUCAUAACGAGCAUCCUGCAGAACCUGAUGGGCGAGCGCCUGAACAAGACACACGUCGUCCGAGCGGCGCUGUACGACCUGCUCAGCAGCCAGUGCGACCGGCACUCGCAGAACGUGUUUCUGUCGGAGUCGGGCGAGCUGACGCUGAUUGACAACCUGCAGGCGAUGCAGUACAGCUGGGUGAACUGCGCCAUGGACUCCAUCUUCCUGCCCGGCACGCAGAAAAACAUGAUUCUGCGGUGGGGAGGCAAUGUGGUGUCCAAAGUCCGAGGUGCCAAGAUGCGGCGGAGCGUCAACCCGAUGGUCGUGCUGGACUACCGCUGCUACGUGGAGGGCGGCAAGAUCGGCACUAACUACGACCCGCAGCUGCGCCAGUGCCUAACCAAGCUGAGCAAGAUGACGCCCAAGGAGGUGCAGUUAGAGUACGGCUUUCCGUACAGCUCGAGUGCUGCCGUACUGCAGCAGCGUGCCACAGACAUGCUGAACAAGGGCUUUGAGUGGACGCUUCGCUACGGCCAGCCGCGCAACUUCAAGCCCAAGUCCCUGCGGCAACACCCUCCGUGUUGCAGCCUGGGGAUGUCGAGCAAGAACACAAUGGAGUGUGGGCAUCCCUGGAAUAACACGGUUGAGCUGCCCUUUGGCGACCCAAUGAACGGCGGCGAGUGGCGUCGGCCGUACCCUGACCCCGGGACAUACGAGGGUGGCACCUACUUGGAUGCACCCUUUGAGACUUAGGUGUCGACGGUGGAUAUCCCUUUUGUUAGUGGUUGUUGCAAACCCGUCCCUUUUAUUGCGCUCUCGUGUGAAAGAGUGUAGAGGAGUACACGUAUGGAACUGCUUGACCAGUUCCACGCACGCACGGAUGAGAGGCUUUGGGAUGUAAGCGGUAUCGGGAUGCAUGAGGACACCCGGAAAUGGACGGUUUAGGAGGUUUCGCAGCCUGGGGACCCAGAGCCAAGUCACGUCGUCACGCCGACAACAGCACCACAGUCGCAGCAAGGGAAAUGUAUUGAAUCAUUGAGCGGCGUAACUGUACUUGUGACUACAGCCGUUGAACGAGAAGAGAUGUGUGUGUACAGACCCGUGGUACAACUGUAUGGUCAGUGUAGGGUUGGGCUGUGCUGCACAUCGUUAGUUCGUCUAUGAGCUUUUUAUCAUGUGUAGGACGAUGCCCAAGUUUCAGUCAGGCAGCAUUCCGCAAAGACGUGG